AUGAAGACAUGGGGAGCCAUUGUAUUAACUGAUUUAAAUAGCAAUAGUUCAGAUAAUAUAUAUUUAUUAAAACAAGAAAAUGAACGAUUGAAUACAAAAAUAAAUUCAUAUGAAUUUAAAGAACAAACGCAUAGUGAUGACAUAACAAGCCGCAGACAAUGCCAAACAAUUGGCCAUAUUACGAAUGAUGCUCGUUUACAUCAAACACCAAAAAUGAAACAUUUUCAGCAAUUAGAAACAAAAAUACAACAAUUAGAUAGCCGUCUACAAAAACGUGAACGUAUUCAAAAAGAUUAUAAAUCAAGUAUUUUAAAACAAAGCAAUGAUGAUGUAUAUAAAUUACGUUCAAUAAUACAACAAAAAAUUGAACGUUUUCAUGUUGAAUUAGAUACAAUGCUACAAUUGUUAAAGCAAUUAAAAGGCCAAGAUCAUAAUUCAUUCAUAUAG